AUGGCAUUUGCUGAAUAUUAUGGUGACUGUGAUAAACAUUUGUACUGGAAUUGGAUCAAGGAGGCCAAACUGAAUGCUAUAGUAGAAAACUUUUGGUGGAGAUUAUUUAACAAUGCAAUUCCAACUUUUCAGCUUCUUUCUAAUAGAAAAUUGCAAACAAAUAACCUCUGUCCUAGAGGUUGUAAUGAGCCGGAAGAUAUGAAUCAUGUGACUAACAGAUGUACAAAAGUUACUGAAGUUUUCAAUUGUCUUAAUGUAUGGGGGUUUGAUAUUCCAUUUUUUGAAACUAUGGAAUAUAGAUGCAAGUGGUUGAUUGAUCAAAAUGCUCUGUUACUUAACAUCUACUGCAGUUCAGUAUAUCUAUCCUGGAAAGAAUGGAAUGAAGGUGUGCAUGGAAAGACUGAACGGACUACAUCUUUUAUUGCUUCGGAAGCAAUUAGUUUUGCUACAGCUUCUACAGGAUGGAAAUUCUUAUGCCCGGGCCGGUUGGAUGUUAAUCAGCAAAUGUUGUUGGAAAAAAUUUGGCAUCCUCCUCCACCCGGUUGGAUCAAAAUUAAUUUGGAUGCUCUUUGUUGA